AUGAAGCUCAUAAAGCUCUUCGCUAUCAUGCUCGCCAUUCUGGCUCCGCUAUCGUCCGCCUGGACAGUGAACGUCUGGUCCUCGGACACCCACACCGCUAACGGAACAGAACUUACGCUAUGUAUCCGCAGAAUGCAAGCCACUUUGGAGAAGCACCCCAACUCUACCGCCCACGAGGGCUACCGCUGCGGCGAUUUCUGGAUCCAAUGGGGAGAAGCCCUAGGUUACGUCCACGAAAAGACGAACCUGUGGCUGUUCAACCAGUGCAAAGACCAGAUUUUCGAUGCUGCUCUGCAUUCCAAGGACUGGGUCAAGUGCGAGGUCACAGGUGGCUUCAACAAGAGAAUGAUGGCUUACUCGCCGCACGGAAAGCGCGCUUGCUACAAGAAGGACCUGAAUGACCAUUCCCCGUGCAAGGAGCGCAAGAAAAAGACCAAGAAUCCCGAGAAGACCAUCGCAACCACCGCCGUCGAAACCAUCACAGCCACAAUCGUCCAACCAACCACUUCCUACAGGGAAGAAGUGACGACUACUCAGAAACCUAUCGUCAGCACCGGCAUCAAAGAGAGCGUCAUCACCAUGACCACCAAGGUUCCAUUCACCACUACGAUGUAA